UUUACAAAAGCUUUUUUGUUGUAUUUAUUUUUUAAAUAAUUUAAACCAAGUGUGCAAUUUAUUAAGCGAUAUUUUAAAAAGAAAUACAUGUUCACUCAGCAAGAAACAAAAUAUGCGCUGGCAACGUUGGCCGAAGCCGCACAGAACAAUUGAUGAGCAAAACAAAACGCUCUCGUGUCAUGGGUCGUGCGCUUCUGAUUCAGUGAAAUUGCUGUCGCUGACCUGCCCAUCUUUUAUUGCGCGUAAAUAUAGCGCGCUACUAAGCCAAAGGUUUCCGUGUCUGUAUUAACCAUUCUUUUGUAGCUAUACAUGAGAUGAACGUCGGGAGAGAGUGAACCGUUAACCGCAUGCACACACCCGGCGUCUCCUCGACAAAUUAUUUGAUGCGUAUUACGUUGCCGAAGACGUGACACGGCGCUGAAAGUGUUCCUCGAACACUGAGAAGGUGUGGGGCUCGCGUUCAGGUCGGAAACCCGCGUCCUAAACGCUGUUUUCAAAGCGAAUCGGACUCCUCGCAGCGCGAACUCGACGAGCAGCCGACAGGUGCAGGUUGAUCGGUUGGUCGCGCCAGGCGCUCUCCAUCGCCCAAAGAAGCGAGGAGGAAACGAGAGAGGGCAGCGAAGGAGGAGUCGCACGCAGACUUGGGAGCAGCAGCUACGGCGGAUGGGCGACGAGGCGGCGGCAGCGAGCAGCUGAGGCGAGAUCACUGGGCUAAGUUCGUAACAUGAGAUCGGGCCGCUAAAAUUAGCACCACUUUUCGGUGAUGACGUCGUCGUCCGCAGCGUCCCUUCCGCAGCCCAGCGCCGGAGAGCCAUCGGCAGCAGCCGGCGGUCGCACACUGCUCAUUCCCUUCGGCGUCCGUGCCCGUGACAGCGUGCUCGCUGUCCACCGCAACGCGUUCCGCAUAAUCGGGCGGCGGUGGUAGCAGGCACUACACGUGCGCUACUCGGUGACGACCACAUGCCCGAACGUCCCGUCUCGAGUGUCCGACGACCGGCAAUCUCCGCAUCCUCCCGCGUGUGUCUGCUGCUUCAGCAUCCGGACGAGUCGUCGACGCGCCUCCGACGACAGCGGUGCUAGCGGUGUGCGCUGGGUAGGGUCCGAUGUCGCGCGCUACGCGCUGAUUCCACAGCGGCGCGGAUACGAGUGACAGCGACGUGGUGUGCCUUGUCGACGUUGCGAAGACGCACGCACCACCACCACCACCACCAUGGUGGUCCAGCAGGACGUCGAACCGCCGCCCGCGGCGGCCGAGGAGAAAGGCGAAAAGAAGCACAAGUUGAAGCAGCGCUUCCAGGUGAUUCGGAAGCUGGGACAGGGGACUUAUGGCAAGGUGCAACUGGCCAUUAACCGGGCGACAAACCAGGAGGUGGCGAUCAAGACCAUCAAGAAGUCCAAAAUAGAGACGGAACAGGACUCUCUGCGGAUCAGGAGGGAGAUCCAGAUCAUGUCCUCCAUACAGCACCCUUACAUCAUCCACAUAUACGAAGUAUUCGAGAACAAGGACAAGAUCGUGCUGGUGAUGCAGUACGCCAGCGGCGGCGAGCUGUACGACUACGUCAGCGAACGCAAAGAGCUCACCUCCGAGGAGGCGCGCCGAAUAUUCCGCCAGGUGGCGUCUGCAGUCUACUACUGCCACAAGAACAAGAUCUGCCACCGCGACCUGAAGCUCGAGAACAUCCUGCUGGACGAGAAAGGCAACGCGAAGAUCGCCGACUUCGGCCUGUCCAACGUCUACGACGAGCGGCACUUUCUCAGCACCUUCUGCGGAUCCCCGCUCUACGCGUCGCCCGAGAUCGUCAAGGGAACGCCCUACUAUGGACCCGAGGUGGACUGCUGGAGCCUGGGCGUCCUCCUCUACACGCUGGUGUACGGCGCCAUGCCCUUCGACGGCAGCAACUUCAAGCGGCUCGUGCGUCAGAUCUCCGAGGCGGACUACUACGAACCGAAGCGGAAGUCUGACGCGUCGGGGCUGAUCCGUCGCCUUCUGACCGUGGACCCCGCCAAGCGAGCGACGGUCAUCGACAUAUGCCAGGAUCGCUGGGUCAACCAGGGCUUCGACCAUUCCUUGCUGCAGCUCGCCGAAGACAUGUCCAACCUGACGCCCGUGCGGCUCGACCUGCUGCUGGCGCUGGCGCCGGCCUCGCCGACGCCCGAAGAAGCGGCGUUCGACAAGGCGGCAAACCCGCCCGACGGCGCAGAGAAGAGCGACAGCUUCGACUUCCAGCCGGCGGUGGUGGCGGCGGCCGAACAGGAGGAGGCGCUCAAGAACGACGACUCGGCCGACUUCAUACCGGCCGCGCUGGCGGCCGAGCUUGAGAGCCAGAAUAUCAAGCGCCAGUGUUCCACCGACGGCGGCAGCCUGAUGAGGAUGUCGAGCGUCUCCCACAAGAACAAGAAGGUGCGCACGUCCGACUCGUCUAGGAGGUCCAGCGUGGGGCUCCUGGGAGGACCGUUCGUGCACGACGACGAGGAGUUCGACGACGAGCAGCCGAAGCAGCCCGCCGAGAGCGAGGUUCGAGAUGAAUCCACCGCGAAGGAGAACGACGACGCAGCGGCGCCGACUCUACAGGAUGACGGGGGCGUCCAGGAAGCCACGGAAGCCCCCGAAAGAGUGGAGAGACCGAUGGAGCAGGGAGAGGCGAUUGCCAACAGCGAAGUGGCCCCGAAACAGGAGGAGCAGCCGCCCCGGAAGGACGAAGCGGACAAACCAGCCGCACAGGUCGACGCGACCCCCAAGGACAUGACGACGCCGGCGGAAGCGAUCGCCGUUGCCGCUCCUGCUGGGACAGCCGAGACCGCCGCCGAGGAGCAGCCGCCGUCGGUGGCGCCGGUGCUGGCGCGACGAGGCUCGGGAGUGCGCUGCCCCGGCAAGAUAGUCAUUCCAAAGUGCCUGAGCUCGCAGGCGUCGCCGGCGACGAAUUCGGCGUCUCCAAAGUUCAAGGACACCAAGAAACCGCCACUCCCGCAGACGCCGAAGUCGACCGCCGUAGAACCGCCCAGUCUCGUUACUACGGAACCGACUGCCGCAGCGGCGGAAGAGUCCGCCGCACCGGAGAAAGUGGGACACAAGAGAGUCAUUCCCGUGCCUAAACGGCCCAAGAGUAAGAGUCCGCUAAGCGCCAGCCCCAGGGAAAGGGAGGACAUCGCGUUCCCCGCAGCCGCGAGCGAAGCUCAGUCCGACAAGUCGCCGACCGUGGUGAGGAAGCGAGACGCGGCAGCCUCCAGGGGCAUCCUGCGCAGGAGCGCGUCCAAGCCGCAACGCGAGCUGUCCACGGAAGAAGGCAGCAAGGAACCGGAAGUAGACAACGUUCUCCAGAGCACGGCGGAGAUCACACUCAGUAACCGGAAGAAAGCCGAGCAAGAGCAGAAGCAGUCUUCGGCCCUGUGGGACAACGCGACUCCGGGCACGCCGGAAGAGGAAAUUCCCGAACCGGACGGCCCGCCGAGAAGACCUUCUCCGGAAGGUUCCUCCGCGGACGAGCACGCCAGGCUGGUCGCGGACUCGCCCGUGCGCAGCUACAAGAAGUUCACGUUCGGCAAGGACGGCACGUGCAUCACGGAGAGUGGCCGCGUCUACGCGCAGCCAAAGUCGGACGGCUCGUGGACGACCGUGGAGAAGAAGACCAAGAUCACGCGCAGGCCCAGCAACGCGACCAGCGUGGACGAAGAGGUGGUGCGCACUCCGGGCCCGCCGCCCAAGGACGAACUGACGGUGCCGCGGUCGGCCAGCGGCAGCUCGUCCGAGUCGACCGACAUCUUCAACGACAUGUUCCCCGACUGGCGCACCUCGAGUCCGUUCGGUAACCUCAUGCGAAUGAAGAGCUCGAUCAAGAAGCUGAACAAGGGCUCCCUGUUUCGCGGCGCGGACCCGUUCACCGGCAUGGAGACGUUCCGACGAGAGCGGACGCCCGAGAAGCGGGCCCGUGAGUGGGGCAGACGCGGCGGCGGCGGUCAGGUGUCGACGUCGACCGACAGGGACUCCUCGGACGAAGAUGACUUCGACCUGCACUUCGACAACUCGCACCCGCAAGCUCUGUUCCAGUUCAUGCGCAACAUGAGCCGCGACUUCCGCAACCACUGGAAGAGCUUCCUGCCCGCGUCCACCUCUCCAUUCUCGAGGUCCGCCAAGGAGCCGUCGUCGCAGUCCUCUCGACCCCAGAGGGAGACCCUGCUUCGGUUCGUGGUCGACAAGCCGUCGAAAGCGACCGGAAGCGAGCCCGGAACGCCGCACACCCGCGCCAUGGGCGGAGAUCCCUUCUCCAAGCGGUCGUCGGGAGUCUGGGACCCCGUCGACAGGGCGUCGCUCUUCGGCACGCUGCGCAGGAACAGGUUUCAGGACCUGCCCGGACGUCACCACGGCGACCGCGGCACGUCGCUGGACCGCGGCGCUGGCAACCCCGACUUCUGGGGCGUCCACCAGGACCCGGAAGGAACGCGACACCGAGUCGAAAAGUGGCUGCACCUGUCCAACGACAACGCAGACCCGCAGCAGACCCGCGGCGACGAAGGCGCCCCGCGGUGCCAACAAAAGUACAACCGCUCGCAGAGCGACAAGUUCAACCUGGGCGAGGAAAGCCGACCCGUCUACCAGAGCGAAAUCAGCGUCGAGAGCAACAGGACGGCGCCGCCGGGCGCGCCCUGCAGCCGCUCCCUGAGCGUCAACGAGCGCGGCGGCGGCCGCAGGCCCCUGGUCCGGAUGCAGGUGUCCAUCAACAACCGGAGCAGCAACCCGAACGCGCACAUCGUCAUCACCACGCCGCCGACCACGGCACGCACCGAGUGUGGGCUCUGGCCGCAGGACGAGCGCCGAGACGAGGGCGACUCUCCGGGCGCCGACUCGUCGCUGCUGGAAGCGCUGCAGACGCGCGGACUCCGAAGCCUGCUGUCGCAGCGCAGCGGCUCCUUGGCGCGCGAAGUGAGCCCGAGGCGGGGCGGCGGCGAGCCCCCGGACCGCCCAGCGCAGGCCGAGCGAGGUAAGCCUGCGGCCGGAUCGAGCCUUGCCCCGCCCGAGACACCUGCAUGCUGCAUGGACACUAACUCUGCUAAGGAGCCCCCGCCGCCCAGCGCGCAACAGCGGCCCAAAAUCAUCCCCAUUUCGAUAGAGCGGAGGACGAGCGACGCCAGCGUGCCCAGCCCCGGCUCGCGCAGUCCGGGAGAAGAGAGCGUCCAGGAGCGCAUCCAUCGGAAAAGCUUCUACCCGCGCUUCCACGACGACCCCAGGGCAGCCGCCAGGCGCCGCUCCGCGCUUUGGGACACAGAGUACUCGGGCCUCUGGAGCCAGGAGCUCAGGGACCGGGACGACGCCGCGCUCCUGAGGAAGUCUCGAAGCCUGUGGGACAACCACGUCCGAGAGCCUAGAAGCCGGUCUGUCGCCAGAACCGCGGGGGCCGCCCCGUUGUCGGUUGCGCCCCAGCAAGCUAGCCAGCACGGCCACUUGUGGGACCUCGGCUUCGACGACGACGCUGGCAUUCCGGGCUCUAGCGGAAAUGGCAGCAACCACCGCUGCAACAGGAUGGAGUCCAAGGACUUUGAUAGCCUCGAAAGUGAUGGGCCUCCGUCCUAGGAACUUGAGCAUGGCGUGUGUGUUAAUUUAAUUGGUGGGAGCUGCUCCCGCAUAGUGUCGCAUGGCGUUGCGCGGCGCACGAGGCAAUGCAAGCUGCUCACAGAAGCGCUAGUCUUUCUUUUUUUUUUCUUCCCUGCUCUCCUCUUCGACCGACAUUCGGUCUAUGCACUCAGUUUUCGGCAUACUGUGGCUGGGAACCAAUGCUGGACCAUGUAAUGGCCGCUAGCUGCUGUGACUGGAGCUCAAUGCACCAGGUCCAAGAGGGCUCCCUUAAACUUAGGGAAAGCGAACAAAAUAGUUGUGUUUUUGUACCAAAGCAAUGUGUGAGUGCGAAGAGCGACGCAUUUAGAGUUUGCACCUAGAAGUUACGUAUCACCCCAGGGUGAAUCUGUGCUCCCAGACUCCGUGUCAUAAUAUGCUGAUGUGGCGUGCACUGUUGGUACGCCCUAACACAGUCAUGUUCUUCUUUUUUAAUCAGUGGCAUGCUGGUCAUUUAUGAGAAAUAUUUCAUACGAAUGGCAUUCUGCACUGGCUCGGAUAUGUGAGGAGAAAGACUUUUGUACUUUGAUAUCAAAAUGCUUCAUUUCUGCCAUCAACAAAGUUGUCAUAAUGUGGUGUUCAGCAACACAACGAUCACGUUUUUUUAACGAGUGAUAAUGCGCGUCGUUACAGUGCUUUCUUGCAGUGUGAAAGCUUUAUUAGGUUAUGCACUAUUGUUAAUUUGCACAGAAGCAAACAUCCACUUACAUUGCAUACAUAUCUGCUUUCUUUCCCGCAAUGUUCGUAAUGCUCAAACUCUCAUGUCAGUCAUCGAGUCCCUAAAUGCAUAUCUGAUUUGUAGCUUGAAGCUCAUUUAUGUCAAUUUUGGGCUUUGCAACUGUAGUGCAGAUUUCUUUCGUAUGCGUUUUCACAGGCAUGUCGGAAUUAGAGCGCAUAAUUUACUAUUUUCUUAAACCAUUUUCGAGAAGACGCUCUCAGAAAUUCAGGCUUCAGCAUCAGUUGGAAAUAUUAGGAGGGAAGCAGUGUUGUGUUAUAUUAAGUACGGAUAGUAUUUGACACACCUAUCACUGGGAGCCCUUAUGAAGGUGACUAGUGUUAAAUAUUUAUGCCCCUUUGGCAAAGUCCUCAACAUUUUUAAGGACGAGUAGUGUAGGAAAUACAUGAUGCGUCAUACCUUACUCAUGCUUUCAAGUCGCAAGUUUGGACUGGAUUUUGCUGUCUAGAUAAUAAACGAGAUCACUGUCGUUUACAGUACUUUAUAAUAUGAACAUACAUUUGAGUUCACUACAGUAUACAACACACAACUCUAGCUAGUGAAGACGUCCAGCCACAAUAUGACGAAGUCGUUCUUGAAACGAGAAACUUCGUUAAAUCGCGAAUUUCGUUACUUCGAAGUUUUCGUGCAUCAUCGGUAAAGAAUUCUCGUAGGUUCUUGGAACAGGCGUGGUUGAUGUCGUCUUUUAAGUGAACAUUUAUGAACCGGAUCCCGAAUAAAUUCGACAUAAUAAUUACGAAUUGAAAAGCACCAGCGUAUGUGGCAGAGGUCGCGUCGAGAGCAAAGCUUCCGGCGGAAGGUGCCUGCGUAGCCGCCGUCAGAUGGCGACUGUGUGCACGUCUGUCAUUGUCGUGUCGCGACCCGCCAACGCUGGUCUGUGUCACUCAUGGAGGAAGGAAAAGCCGGGAGGGAGCGUUACGUGAUAAAAUUGGAAGCCAUAAAGAAGCAGGCACAGAACGUGAUCAUGUCGCGGUAGGUUUGAGUGUCUUCCAGCGCCGCGCUCUCCCGAGAAGACAACGGGUGCAGCAGCAGCGUGUGGCUGCCGCACUAUCUCUUCUAAAAUUUUGUUUACAAUCAAUUAUAUAUUAUUUUUCUUAUUUUAUAUUGAACUGCCCUGUUCUCGGUCGAUCCCCCAGAGUGGGUAGGUGCCACUAACGUGUCGUCUCUACAUCUGCCGUGCGUUCCAACAAAUAUAUGAUAAAUGAGUACGUUGCAUCGAACGAGCGAAGUUGCACAAGCGUACCGGAAGAAAAUAUCCACAGAGCGAGUGGCAAAGAAUCCUUCGAACGAGCGCGCAUCGACUAAAACCUACCGGGAACCAACUACACUGGACUAAGUUCGCCGAGGGUAGCGUUAUGCGUUGGGCUCAACUUCUGGGCGCAUAUGAGAGAUAAAAAGUGAUGGGGACGGCUGGGGCGCAGAGUUAGCUCGGAAAAGCUGGCGUCGGCACGUCAAGCUUUUUUCUAGAUUAUUUCCUUCCUCCGUGCUGUUAUUGAUUUUUAUUCCUUAUUUUAAUGGCCUAUUGAUUUGUGAGGCCGUUAUUUACUGAAGGGCUCGAUUUUAUGAGCACCCUGUUCGAAAUGGAUUAGCGGAGGGGGCUUCAAGCUCGUUAUGUUCAUCUUUCCGGCCCUUAAGAUCUGUGUUUCGUGUUAAUGACUUAUUUUUAAGCGUAUUGGCCUAAAGACCAACGCUAUUCUUUCAUUCUGAGUGUUCUCUACACCUCUAUGCUACGAAUCUUCCAGCCGUCGUUUACUUUCACCCCCAGCAGAUUCAUCCAUGUUUCCUCGAUUAUCUUCAAAGCCCAAGGUCGGGUAACUGCUUCUUCAUUUACCUUUGGAUGAAUAACGCACCGUCGUUCUCGACAAGACCGAGACAGCGCGACCGUUCCGAUUUCGUCACAGCCGAGGCGCUCAAAGCUCACUCCUGCUUGAGGUACUCCUGGUCCGCUGACGCAUUUGGCUGUUGAGCACUCUAGUGUCGCACAUUGCGGGUUAAGAGCAUAUACGACAGCACAAAUGGCGCUCGCCGAGCUCGAUUUUCGUAUACAGGCAGGGCAGAUGGCUCAGCGGUGCUUUCCGUCAUUAAUCCGUCCUGUGUUUUGGCCACUCGCCGCUGCCGUUUAUAUGCGAACGCGUGCAAGCGAAUACUGUCGGACGACUUUUUUUUGUUAUUUGUCACCUAGGCCUCACGUGCAUGUAUGCGUCUCCGUCAAAUUGAAAUUGUGGCGCCGAAUUCACUUAAUCGCAGGAACAAAAAAUUAGGCGGUUUCGACUAAACUAACACCGGGAAACAAAAAAAAAAAGAAGGUUCGUUAUAUAGCGGAUUUCGUUAAAUCGAGAUUCGCCUGCAGCGCCGAUGUAAAGCGGGAGACAUCACUUUUUAUCAUCGAAAAAAAAAAGCGCGAAUAUCUUUGAGACGACUCUGCUGGGGCUGGCAUGCUCACGUCAGCAGAUGAGUGAAACACAGCUGAUCAUUGCAAUAAAUAUCCUGCCGACUUUAGUAGUUGAACAUAGCAUCACCAGAUCCUCUCACUCAUUGCAGAUGCACACUACAAGUCUACACUUAUACCCGCCAUGUUCGCUAUGCGAACUCUCUGUUAUAUAACUAAAAUUUACAGUUCACAAUAAUGGUGAGGUUUCACGGCCCCUCUUCACCCCCACCCAGGAGAUCUGGGGCGCCCCCUGGGGGACGAUACAUCCCAUGGUUUGGGAAACGCUAGCAUACGUAAGUCAUCAGCCAAUCACGCAACCUUGUCGUGAAGGAUUACAUCCAGAUGAGAUUGGCAUGACUUCAAGGUUCUCUUUGCCAUGUUGAAUGUUGAUGUAUUUGCAAUUGCAGUGACCAGCAGCCGUUUUUGCGCUGUUCGGGUACAGGAAAUAUUGUGCAAUUCCCUAACCUGUUCACUGUUAUCUCUUGUUUUUAUACCAGAUAUUUUUUUAUGAAUAUACAACACCUGAUUGGAAAAUGCCGCUUUUUUGAUGAGCUGGUGUUAUUUAAAGAAAACUGUCCUGUGCAUUGUGAAUGAGCUUUCUUUGUUAGCGCUUACCAUGUCAAUGUUGUUUCACUUAAUAACUGUUAGAAAUAUGUCUUGACAAAUGAAAUUGAGAAGAGAAGCUUAUAUGCCUCCUGCAGAGGCAUUUCUACUACCUUCUUUUUUCCCCAGAAAAUGAAGGUUUCUGAGUGGACAAAUGCUAUGAGAAAGGUCUUCGCUUUACUCAGCUUGAAGCAAGAAAGGGUGUUCGAGAACAUGCACUUGGACCUUACAUUGAAAUAUAACAAUUUCAGCUAGGCAACCAAAAUGCUCAGAACAUGUUAUAUGUAACAUAUCAAAGCUUUACAACUGUUAAUGUUACUUGUUUGUCCUGAUCAUCAAUGUAAAACAUUGUGGAAUCAGUGUCUGACAAUCAGAUUGUGGUUUAUAAUGCAUGUUCUAAACUUUCCUUGUGUUGAAGCUGUUAGGUGACUGUGCAAUGCUGAAUUGCUAACCGAAGAUAGUUUUUUUUUCUCCAGCUUCCAAAUGAGAAUUCCAUGUUAACUCUCUUUCAUAACCGUCCCAAGUGCAAAUGAAGGUGCUGUGAAUUCUGUGAAAAACUUUCCUCUCAGUGAGUAUGAAGUAUAUGCUCGUUAAGUUAGCUAUUAAAACAGGGCAUUUUGUAAACAUGUGACUUGACAGUACUCUUCUUUGUGUGCAGAUGCUUUCUGUGAACGUUUUUGCAUCUGAAAUGGGACUACUGAAAUGGUUAUCAACAACAACAAACAAACAAACAAAAAAGGCCCCGUCAUCGCUCAAACUAAAGAUUCCUCUGUCGCUGUUGAAAAAUGUCACACCGUCGUAAUGCACCUUGAGAUUACUGCUGUAUUACCUAUGGUGACCAAACAAUAUGUUGUAUCUUGACUCCUGUACGCUUUUGUGCAAGCAUUUCGGUAUCCCCGAAUAGGAGCAUCAGCACGAAGCUCUUUAUAGUGCAGACUGUUCUUACUUCAGUAUCCCUUACGCUUAUAAUUUAUUUUGUGUCAGAGAAGACUCUUUCCUUUGUUGUAAUAUUGAAAGCUGGUAAAGAUAUUGUUGCAAAGAAGCCCAGAGUUGAACACCAAGAAUGGGCAUGGUGCUACGUGAAAUAUGUUGAGAAAGUGUCUCUGUUCUUUUCUUGUUCAAACAAUUAUUAUUUUUGUUUGUUUGCUUUGCCUUAGCUUCCAUACACUAUAGUUCUAGUCAGAAAGCUGGAAUGUGAAAGGCAGCUUCAACAAGUUGCCACUGCACAUUACCGAAGCUAAGUUGCCCAGAUGCUUUUUUUUAUUAUUACUAUUAGAGGUAACAACUACCCGCAUAAGAGAAACGUUGCGAUGGUUGUUGAAAAUGUGCUGCUUUAAUGCGGCUGAACACAAGCGAAGAUGUGGAGUGAUCCGUCCGUGCGAACGUGUGCAGCCACUUACAGAAUGCGGUGUCGGUUGUGUUGUUGUUUCCCAGUGACAAUAAACAAAAAGAUGACAAGUA